UAAAUUCAAAGAAUAAAAUAGCAUUUUCUAAACAGGAUAUUCCUGGUAGGGGACGAGGAUUAGUCUCUACUCGUCUAAUCCGCAAAGGAGAACUUAUUCUAAAAGAUAGGGCUCUUUUUUCUGUAUGUUCUGCUGAAAGGACGGACUCUGGAAUAAGAACUCUUGUUGAAAAAUUAGACAAAAAGAAGCAAGAACAAUUCCUAAACUUGAGCGGGGGAGACACUGUGGAACAAUUUAAAGGAAUAUUUCUAAAAAAUGGAAUUCAAAUGGAAGACGACAUUUUCUGUGUAUUCUCUAAUCUAUCCUUCAUCAACCAUUCAUGUUCACCUUCAGCAGCUUGGGGUUGCAUAGGGGGAAGUAAUAAGAACAUGGAGGUCAGAGCAAUUAUAGAUAUUCAACCUCAGACAGAAAUAACAGUAAACUACAUCGAAAAUCAAUCCUUUCUUCUCAGUACAACACAGAGAAAAACACUUUUAAGUCAAGUUUGGGAGUUUACCUGCACCUGCAAUGGCUGUCUCGCAGAUGAGAAGAAAGAGAAAGGAGUUUUGCAGAUUUCAAACCAAAUAUUGGAAAGAAGUAGAGCUGCUCUCUGCAAGAAGGACUACGAGCUGCUUUGGAAGCUUCAGAAACAGAAGCUUCGAAUAGUAAAAACAAGAACUAAUCUACAACAGCUCUCAAACACUUAUCAGACACUUUUGGUUGUGUCAGCGGCUCUUCAUUUAGAAAAGACUGAAGUAGAACAGUUGAUUUCUGAAUGGAAAGUAGAAUGUUGUGAUCUAGAGGAAUACUCAAAGAUGUUUGAUGACUUAACAAAAUCUUUUGACAAAGGGAAACCUAAAGAAGAAAAAGAAUUCAUGGAUUCGGGAAAUCUAAGAAAUGAAUGGAUUUCGUUGAUUUACAGAAAACUUUAAUUUUUCUUAACAUUUUAAUAAAAAAGACAAGAAAAUUAUGCAUUCCU